UGGUUCUGCUCGGCGUGCCGGCUUGAGGGAGGUGGAGAAUUGGUGAGUGGGUGUUUUUUUCCCUCGUCCCGGCCCGCCCGAGUCGCGUUUCUGCCUCUUCGAACAAGGCUCCUCUCUGGAAAAGGUCUCCGAGGACCAAGAUGAGCUUGUUUGUGUCAACAUCAGGAUUUGGAACUGGAGGCACCAGUAUGUUUGGUAGCGCUGCUACCGACAACCACAACCCGAUGAAGGAUAUUGAAGUUGCUUCACCACCUGACGACAGUAUAGGUUGUUUGGCUUUCAGCCCACCAACAUUGCCGGGUAAUUUCCUUAUUGCAGGAUCAUGGGCAAAUGAUGUUCGUUGUUGGGAAAUCCAAGAUAAUGGACAGACUAUUCCAAAAGCCCAACAGAUGCAUACAGGACCAGUACUAGAUGUUUGCUGGAGCGAUGAUGGAAGUAAAGUUUUCACAGUGUCCUGUGAUAAAACUGCCAAAAUGUGGGAUCUUAACAGCAAUCAAGCAAUACAAAUUGCACAGCAUGAAGCUCCUGUAAAGACCAUCCAUUGGAUUAAAGCACCAAAUUACAGUUGUGUGAUGACCGGAAGUUGGGAUAAAACAUUAAAGUUUUGGGAUACACGAACCCCCACUCCGAUGAUGACACUGCAGUUGCCUGAGCGAUGCUAUUGUGCUGAUGUGGUAUAUCCCAUGGCUGUUGUUGCUACUGCAGAAAGGGGCUUGAUAGUUUAUCAGUUAGAGAAUCAGCCUUCUGAAUUUAGAAGGAUAGACUCUCCACUUAAACAUCAGCAUCGCUGUGUGGCUAUUUUCAAAGAUAAAGUGAACAAACCAACAGGCUUUGCCCUUGGAAGUAUCGAAGGAAGAGUUGCCAUUCAUUAUAUUAACCCACCAAAUCCUGCCAAAGACAACUUUACCUUCAAAUGCCAUCGAUCCAAUGGUACAAACACAUCUGCACCUCAGGAUAUCUAUGCAGUAAAUGGAAUUGCCUUUCACCCUGCACAUGGCACUCUUGCAACUGUAGGGUCUGAUGGCAGAUUCAGCUUCUGGGAUAAAGAUGCACGGACCAAGCUAAAAACAUCUGAGCAGCUGGACCAGCCAAUAUCUGCUUGCUGCUUCAACCAUAAUGGCAACAUAUUUGCAUAUGCUUCUAGUUACGACUGGUCAAAGGGGCAUGAGUUCUAUAACCCACAAAAGAAAAACUAUAUUUUUCUCCGCAAUGCUGCCGAAGAAUUAAAACCUAGAAAUAAAAAGUAUUAAAUCUUAUGGAAGUCAUUAAGAUUCUAGCAGGUGCCACAAGAACUUCAGCUGAGGAAGGAGCUUCUACCAGGAACUUAACUAACCUUGCCUGUCAGUUGGGCUUCUCCCCUGUGCUUUUAAUGAGGCCAAAAUAACAAAAAGCAAGAAAGAAGUACUCGAUGUCUUUUCCUUUCCCCUAGUUUUAAAAAUGUGGUUUUUAUGGGAACUGCGUUCAUUUUAAGUGUUCUUUCUUCAGUGGCAAUUUGUUCUACCUGUACUUGAAGGCUGCAGUCCUAUAACCUGGGGCUUAAUUUUAGGUAAACGUGCAUAGGGCCAUACUGUGCAUGACAGCAGCACUGCCGCCCUCCUCCAGCAGAACUUGGAACAGAAUUGUGGAAUAUUUUACAGUAAGAAAACCAGUAGCAGCUUAAAAUAUUUUAACUUCUCUCAAAGGCUCACAGCGUAUGAACAGAGGUAAAAUCAUGAACAGAAUAUUCUCCAUUCUUUUGACCAAGGUUGGGAUUCUUACAUUUUUGCCCCAACUGGGUUCUGGUGCCAUCCUUGUAAGUUCUUUAAGAACUUAAUCAUGUUUUUUGUUUGUUCUUGUUUUUGUUUUGUUUUGUUUUGUUUUCACUGAAAAGGUAGGCAACUGUCCUUGGCAGCAAUCUAGCUGCUUCUAUUGAUCUUCAGCACAAAAUGUAGGCAUCUUCAGUGGUCAUUUUAUGACAUGAGUUCUCAAAUUGUGGUCUAGUGAACUCCAUUCAGGAAAUCUAUGGAAAAGUCAAUAAUAAUUUAUGCUUUGGCCCUGAACUCGAUUUAUUUUCUGAGAACAGAAUCAUAGCCUGGUUGAAUUAACCCUUUAACUUCAGGUCCCAGUUUUUCACAAGAUGCUUGUUUCCAACAAUGAUGGUGAUAUUGAAUAAAGCAACAUUUUAUCAAUA